AUGGAAGAUGAAUCCAGUAACCCCACUUGCAAUAUUCGAUUACACAAUAAGGAGGCUUGGUUUAAUUACUUAUUGGCUUCAUUCGGAGUUCUUGAACAGAUGCGAAAGAAUUGCUCUUGUUGUCGUCAAUGGGUGAGGGAAAGCAAAAACAUGUUGGAAGGAUUGUGGAGUUUUUCAAAACAUCUGAUGAUAAAUUACUUUAGAGUGCAGUGGUUUUUCAGAGCCGAAGAUACAGUGCUCUUAUGUCUUAAUCAAUUAACCACGAACUUGAACCAUAGAGGAUGGAUGCGCUGCUACAAAAGUGAGCAUAAAGGUCAAAGUGGUCUUUUUAUGGGAUAUGUCGAACUAUCAGGUUUGUGCACAUUAGCAACAAGAACUGUAGGAUUUAACGCAACGAUGGAGGAAAGAUUGGGGUUAAGUUGUAAUCUCAAAGACGGCUUUUUUAAAUUUUGGGCCGGAAAGGAAUAA